UCAUUCUCAACCCUUACUUUUCACACCCCAACCCCAAAAUUUUUCUUCUUUAAUUUCUUCCUAUCCAUCAUUCUCUCUUUCUUUCAAGAAAGAUAUGAUGGUUAGUAAAAGUGGUGAAAUUCAGAGCUUGAGCAACAAUAAUGAAGAGAGGUUUGGGGAGCUGAGAAGGGGGCCAUGGACUCUUGAAGAAGACACUCUUCUCAUCAAGUACAUAGCUGCCCAUGGUGAAGGGCGUUGGAAUGCCUUAGCCAAAUGUGCUGGGUUGAGGAGAACAGGGAAGAGCUGCAGGCUGAGGUGGCUCAACUACUUGAAACCAGACAUUAAGCGUGGCAACCUUACUCCACAAGAACAGAUCCUAAUCCUUGAACUCCAUUCCAAAUGGGGAAACAGGUGGUCGAAAAUCGCGCAGCAUUUGCCAGGGAGAACAGACAAUGAGAUAAAGAAUUACUGGAGAACAAGGGUGCAGAAGCAAGCUAGGCAGCUGAAGAUUGAUUCAAACAGCAAGAAGUUCAUUGAAGCUGUGAAGAGGUUUUGGAUGCCAAGGUUGAUUGAGAAAAUGGAGCAGCACCAGACUUCUACUCUUUCUUCUUCAUUCAUCUCCUCUCCAUCUUCAUCUUCCUCCAUUUCCACCAUGGAAAAGCAAAGCCCCCUCAACUCUCUCCCUUCCCCAAUCACCAUCCCAGAACCACCCAAAACAGACAACCCUGAAAACAAAAACCUCAACAUUUGCUCCACAGACUCUUUCCAAUUGCAUGAUGAUGAUGAUUGCUACCAUGUAGAAAUAAUGGGGAACUCUUGCUACGCUGGGGAAGAAGAAGGAUUUGGCCACCCUGCCAUGUCAGCGUUCGAAUCCCGGGAUAUUUCCAUGCUGGAGUGCCAGCUGGCACCCGACGACUGGUUUGGCAAUGACGUGGCGGAUUCCCUGUGGAACAUUGAUGAGACGUGGCAGUACAGAAAGCUGGAAGACUUUGGGGAUCUAAGCUGAAAGAAAGAAAGCCAGCCGCCUUUGUUAGUUGGCUACGGAAGUGGUGCAAAAUAGACUAGAAAAGAGUUGCAUACUUAUCGUCAACUCACGACUUCUGUUAAUAAUAGCCCCACUAGCGCAUGAUAAUAAUGGCUAAGGGCUAUUACCAGUGUUAGCUCAUCAUAGUAUUCCCUUAACUAUUACUAAGAUUAUAAACAACUUUUUUUUUGGGUGAACUAAAAUCUCAAGUGUAUAGGGUGGGCCACAAUGGAUGUAAUUAGGUUUGCUAAGUUUUGUUGUUUUUUUUCUUCAAUAGUCUUAUCAUGGAAAUGCAUUUAUAUACCAAUCAUACAUUGAGAACU